AUGGAGGCUGCCAUGGAUGGUGGAUCAGUGAGAGCCACAAUGAGUAUCUUCGGCGAGAGCAUCAGUGGAAGAAAGGCAGACAAGAACAGAGCUCAAGAGAACCUGUCCUCUGAAAUGAAACAACGAGCGAAAUCUGACAUGGACAAGCUGAACGAGCGGAAGGCAUCCGUGGAUAACGAGCGAGCCGGCGCCGAGUCGGAGCUAUCGAGAGCACGAGCCAUGGCCAAGGAGCUGGAGCGCCAAAUCGACCAGACCAAGGCCAAGGCGACGUCCCAGAGGUCAGAAUUGCAAGCAACGUGGACACGGAAGAAUGGCGCCGAGGAGGCAUCGGACGCCCAGUACGCGGAGGUGUCGCAAGAGCUGGACCGCGUUAACAGGGAGCUCCGCAAGCUGAAGCUGGAGGUGAAGUCCGCGGCGGAGGCCAAGGCCAAGGCCGAGAGCGACGUCGUGGCGACGGUGUGCAAGAUCCAGUCCAACCUGCAGGCCGCCGACGAGAUGAAACGGCGCGUGGACGAGGCCAACGAGGAGCACGUCCUGGUGGAGCUCGCGCGCAUCGAGGCCGAGCGGGAGCGCCGCGAGCUGGAGGCCCAGCACGUCGCCGAGGCAGAGCGGUUCGCCAGGGAGAUCGAGGCCGCGAGGGCCAAGGUGAAGGAGGCGCGCAGGGAGGUGAGCCGCGCGAGGGAGCUGGAGGCGAAGCUGGAAGCGACGAACGCCGACGUGGAGGUCCUGCAGGGCGAGAUGGAGCUGGUGCGCGCCAUGGGGAAGAACCACGUCCCGAACGAUGGAGCGGCGGAGGAUACCACGAGACAGAAGAAAGAAGAGGGGCAGGACAGGGCGUUGCUGCAGGCUGCAGAGGCCGAGCUGUCCAUGGCGAAGAACGAACUGGAGAGCAUCAAGGCGGGAGCGUUCCAGUUCAUGACCUCCAUGGACCGCACCCGGACCGAGAUCAUGGGGGCCGUCCAGGAGAUCGACCGGCUCAAGGCGCAGGAGAAAAACGCGGACGCGCAGGUGCAGCAGCUGAACGCGAAGCUCCUCAAGGCGAGGGCCCAGAUGGAGGCCGUCACGGCCGCCGACGAGAGGUCCAAGGCCAUCGUGUCGAACCUCACGGCGGCGAUGCAGCAGUUGCAUGCCGAGACCGAGGCGGCGAGCAAGGAGGAGGAGCUGACCAUGCUGGAGAAACGGUGCGUGCUAGCAGAGGCGGACAACGUCGCCGCGGAGAUGGCUACGGCCGAGGAGCGGAUCAGGCAGUCUGUGAAGGAGCUGGAGGCGGCGAAGGCGUCCGAGGCGUCGGCAAUGAAGAAGCUCAAGGCCGCCGUGGAGAGCACAAUGCAGGCCAGGGCGGCGGCAGCGCCACGGCGGCAGGGGACUAUAACCGUCUCGCGGUUCGAGUACGAGUACCUGAGCGGGCGCGCGGCGCUGGUCCGGGUGGUGGCCGACAAGAAGGUGGCCGCGGCGCAGGCGUGGGUGCAGGCGCUCAAGGCCAGCGAGAAGGAGGUGGCGAUGCGGGCCGAGGCGGCGGAGCGGGAGAUGAGGGAGAUGGGCCCCAGGGAGGCGCAGGUGGCGUCGGAGGCGGAGAAGACGGCGGGCGAGCAGAAGGCGCUGGAGCAGGAGCUGUACGACCUGAACGCAACGGCGGAGAGUGUGGGCCUGCAGUGCGCGUACCCGCGGCGGAGGUCGAGCAGGGUGUCGGCGACGUCGAAGAGGUCGAAGGGUCGGCGGUCGUCGGUGUCUGCGGCGAACUGGAACCCGAAGUCGCCGUCGUUCACCAUCAAGAGGAAGAAGAAGAUGAUGCCCAGCCUCCUGAAGCUCAUCAAGGAGAAGAGAGGCGGCAGCGACAAGAGCACCAGCUGA